AUGGCUUCCGGCAUGGACAAUUUGGUAUCCCCUGCAGCGAAAAACACUACCUCUUGGGAGGGUCCUUUCGAGCUUCCUACUCUCGAUAGACUGAACGCACAGAUUCCAGUUGAUAUUUCUCCCACAGCGGUGGCUCAUGACUGGUUCAGGCAAUUCAUAGACACGCUCAAAGAGGAGCCUACCUCAGCUACUCAGCUAUUCUUGCAGGAUGCUUUUUGGAGAGAUCUGCUCGUACUCUCUUGGGAUUUCCGUGCCUUACAGGGCUCUUCUUCUAUUGCUCGCUAUCUAGAUGAUCAUCUGCGCACCUCUGCUUUCCGACCUCUGUCCCUCCGGGAUGAUGCUCUUCAUGCUCCGGUCCUUCAUCGGCCUUACCCGGAUCUGGCAUUCAUUCUGUUUUCCUUCUACUUCGAGACGGCUGUAGGGACGGGUAUUGGGACAUGCCGGCUGGUUCCCACUGCCGAUAGCAGUUGGAAGGCGUACACGAUGUUCACUGGUAUGAACUCUCUCAAAGAGUUUCCCGAGAAGGUUGGCUCUCGGCGAGAUCCUCGAAUGUACCAAGGAACCUGGGAAGAGAAGCGUCGCGCAGAAGUAGACUUCGCUGAUGGACACCCUACCGUUGUAAUAAUCGGGGGUGGUCACAACGGUUUGGAGGUUGCCGCACGCUUGAAGAGCAUCGGUGUUCAGUCCCUGGUGAUAGAGCGAAACGCCCGCAUUGGUGACAAUUGGCGCAAUCGGUACAAAACUCUGUGUUUGCACGAUCCAGUGUGGUACGAUCAGAUGCCAUAUAUGCCUUUCCCUUCAACUUGGCCGAUAUAUGCUCCGGCCACUAAGCUGGGCAAUUGGCUGGAGAACUACGCUCAAUCGCUCGAACUCAAUGUAUGGACGUCUUCGCACAUAGACAACGCCCAGUGGGAUUCCAAGCGCAAGUCGUGGACCAUCACAGUGCAGCGAAAUGGCUCCACACGACGUCUGGAAACAAACCAUCUUGUCUUUGCUACUGGCCUAGGUGGCGGAAUACCGCACCUACCGGUGAUUCCUGGUCAGGAGCGUUUUAAGGGUGUAGUCGUUCAUUCCUCUCAGUAUACAUCUGCCGAGAAUUACAAAGGUCUGAAAGUCGUCGUCGUCGGCGCCUGCAAUUCAGCCAACGAUAUCGCUCGCGACUGCUCCCAGCAUGGACUCGAUGUCACAAUGUUCCAACGGUCCUCCACAUGUGUAAUGUCUGUCAAGGCCGUGCGCAUCAUGCUUGCCGGCUUGUACACUGAAGACGUGCCGACCGACUACGCUGACCUUGUGACUGCAUCGUAUCCUCUGGCAGUGACUCGACAGCUCAAUAAGCGUGUAUUCCCGUACCUCGCUGAGACGGCUGACAAGGAAAUGUUAGACGGCUUGAAGCGUGUGGGGUUCAAAACAAACUUGGGACCUGAUAACGCGGGUUUGCUCCUUCUGUUCUACGGCCGUGGAGGUGGAUACUACAUGGACACUGGAGCCGCGCAGGACAUCAUCGAUGGCAAGAUUAAGCUCAAGAGUGGUACCACAAUUGACAGCUUCACGGAGAAUGGCCUUAGUUGCAGCGAUGGCACCGAGCUUGCCGCAGAUGUUGUGAUCUUUGCGACAGGGUACGGGAAAUCCGACGCGCGCGAUGUCGUCGAAGAAAUCUGCGGUCCGAAAGUGCGUGACGUCCUGAAGCCUGUUUGGGGCCUCGACAGUGAAGGCGAGUUGCGCUCUGUGUGGCGUGAAUCUGGCCAUGACGGAAUAUGGUUUGCUUACGGAAAUUUCCCUAUUACGCGCUACUAUAGCACCUUUUUGGCGCUACAGAUCAAAGCCCAAGAGGAAGGUCUCCGGACUGCGCGCCCAACGUCUUGA